AGCCCCGGCCAGCUUCCCUCCUUCCCGGGGGAUGCCCCCUCGAAGCCCCCAGGUAUCCUUCCGCAUCUCGGUCACUAAGCCAGCUCCCUGCCCCACAGCCUGCUCCUGGUCUCAUACUGUCGCUGAUGUAUCCCCCGCACAUGCUGACGCCCCGCUGGACACACACCCCCGCUUCUGCAGGCUGUCCAUCUCCGCUGCCCCCUGCGCGCACACAGCCUCCUGCCCUGCAUCUGCAACUCCCCGGGCCCACUCUCUGCCCACGCACACGCCUCCGUCCCAGGGCGUUCCACAGCCUGUGCACUGCCUGCGUCCUCCUCGCACACACAACUAUGCGCCCCACUGCUCAUCUCCAAGGCAAGUCUCCAUGCCCCACUGCAUGGGUACACCGUGCCCCACUGCAGGCACAUCCACGCAUCCCAUUCCACAGACAUCCAGUACCCUGUGCACAGGCAUCCCUGUGUCCCAUUAUGCAAACAGCUCCCUGCAAACGCAUCUCUGCCCAUCGCACCCACCUCAUGACCCAGUGUGGGUGUACCCUGUGUCCCAUGACACCCCACACCCAGCUGGGGGCACCUCUGUACUCUGCAGCAUAUCUGCCCCAAACCGCACUGCACGCUGCCCCAUCCCUUGUGCCACACUCACCGUGUCCCAUCACAGGUGCACCCCACAUCCCAGGACGGCAUCCCCCACAGCUGCACCCUUGCGCUCCAUUCUCACCCACACCCUGCCCCACUGCAUGCAAACCUCACACCCCAUUGCUCGUGUAGCUCAUCCCAAGCUACGCAUUCCAAGCGCAUCCCCUGACUCCCACCACAUGGCGCCCCGCACCCCACACCUGCAGCCCUUCUGCCCACCCCAUCUCACCCACUCCCUGCCCCACCGCACGCACACCCCGCAUCCCAUUGUUAGUGUACUUCACACCCAUCCCAAGCUCAUCCCUCUGCCCCGUGACUCACACUUCCAGGCCUCCUGCCCACCGCGCACACCCCCGUGCUCCAUUCCCACCUGGCCCCAGCCCCACAUCCCAUUGCCCGUCUGCGUGCACACCCCACAUCCCAUUGCCCGUCUGCCUCACGCCCGC